AUGACUCAUCUCACUAUUGCCAUGACUCAUCUCACUCUUGCCAUGACUCCUUCCUCUAUUGUCAUGACUCCACUCACUAUUGCCAUGACUUCUCUCACUAUUGCCAUGACUCCUUCCUCUAUUGUCAUGACUCUGCUCACUAUUGCCAUGACUCCUCUCACUAUUGCCAUGACUCAUCUCACUAUUGCCAUGACUCCUUCAUUUAUUGUCAUGACUCCGCUCACUAUUGCCAUGACUCCUCUCACUAUUGCCAUGACUCAUCUCACUAUUGCCAUGACUCCUUCUUCUAUUGUCAUUACCCCGCUCACUAUUGCCAUGACUCCGCUCACUAUUGCCAUGACUCCUCUCACUCUUGCCAUGACUCAUCUCACUAUUGCCAUGACCCCUUCCUCUAUUGUCAUGACUCCGCUCACUAUUGCCAUGACUCCUCUCACUAUUGCUAUGACUCAUCUCAGUAUUGCCAUGACUCCUUCCUCUAUUGUCAUGACUCCGCUCACUAUUGCCAUGACUCCUCUCACUAUUGAUAUGACUCAUCUCACUAUUGUCAUGACUCCUUCCUCUAUUGUCAUGACUCCUCUCGCUAUUGCCAUGAAUGACUCCUCUCACUAUUGCCAUGACUCAUCUCACUAUUAUCAUGACUCCUACCUCUAUUGUCAUGACCCCCGCUCACCUGCCAUGACUCCUUCCUCUAUUGUCAUGACACCACUCACUAUUGCCAUGACUCCUCUCACUAUUGCCAUGACUCCUUCCUCUAUUGCCAUGACUCCUCUCACUAUUGCCAUGACUCCCCUCACUAUUGCCAUGACUCCUUCCUCUAUUGUCAUUACUCUGCUCACUAUUGCCAUGACUCCGCUCACUAUUGCCAUGACUCCUCUCACUCUUGCCAAGACUGAUCUCACUUUGCUCAUGACUCCUCCCUCUAUUGUCAAGACUCCUCCCUCUACUGCUGUGACUCCUCCAUCUAUUAUCAUGACUCCUCCCUAUAUGGUUAUGACUCCCCCUCUACUGCUAUGA